AUGCAAUUCUCUCAAAUCUUCGCUACCUUUGCUUUAGCUGUAGCUACUGCCACUGCGUCUGCCAUACCACAGACCUCGUCAUUCAGUGACACUAUGGCUAAGAUCAAGCUCGCACACCCUGGUAUUUCUGACGAUGCCGCUUAUGACUCCACGGUUGGCUUCAUGGAUGCUGUGAUGCAAUUGCAGACGAACGUCACUAUCCAUCCUACCCGUGACCUUGAGCGACGUGGGUGCUGCAAAAGAUGUGGAACGUGUAUCAGGGCUAUUUUUGAGUUGGGCGUUUGCUGUUCCGCAGAAGCUCAAGCCGCGGCUACAUAUAUUGCUGCUGCUGCUGCAUAG